AUGGCACACGCAUCUAUUGUGAAUUGUGAGUGGGGGAAAGAAAGGAAAAGAGAGAGACACGAGCUGAUUGUAAAUUGUAGUCGUACUCACCUGCCUUAUGCUGUGUCUCCACCUGUCCCCUCCAUUGAUCUUCCUUCCACACGUUUCUUUUCCUUAUCACGCCUCUUUCUAAUCCCCUGUUUCGCACAACCCUGCACCCGCUUUCAUCCUACUCUCUCUCCUGAUUCUGCGAAUCAUGAUUGGACGGUCCCAGAGUACCAUGUGGGUUUGCCUGCUCUGGAUUCCACCCUUACGUGUGUGACGACCGAGGAACCUAUGUACGUAAGCAAUGGUACUCUGUCUUUGAUUAGAGUAACGCCAGGUGGCACAUCUGAUCACUUUAGGGACCUACUCACAAAGGAAUUGGUCGUUCUUAGCCAAGAGUCUAGUACUAUACUUACAGUCGAGGGUGGAACCCUGAAAGCAGGUAGGAGGUAUCUGAUUCUUGGAGGUACGUGUGAGAGAGGAGGAGAUGAACGGGUGAACACGUGGGUGAAUGAGGAAUUGAAGGCACCAUCCUUGCAUUGCAUCUCCACGCCCUUCUUGGAGUGCAGUGAAUGA